GUUUUAGAAUGUUACAUCAAUACCUAGUGGUGACGGCAACAGCCGUCUGGUACCUCUCAGAGGGAGUACAUGCUUCCGAUAGAAUCGCACCCGGGAAGUUCAGAUUCUCCGAUGAAAUACUAUAUUUGAAAGACGAAGAUGAGCAUGUCCUGGAUCUCAAACCAGAAGUAAACGUGAAGCCAGCAGCUCCCGCUGUAACAGAAACCAAAAAAACAGAAGAAAAAACACCUGCAAAAGAGCAGAAGACCACUUCUGCAGCAGCAACUACACAGAAGACACAACCACAGGAGCAGCCAGUGGAAAUAAGAACACAGUCUGUUGGUUAUACAGUGGAUUCUUAUCCCAACCCGGCUACCAACCCAGGGCUAUGCAUCCAAUCACCAUCACUGUCACACAACUUCGUGUGCGAUCCGGACGGAAUAUUAAUCGCAGAACAGCAGACGGAAUUAAACGACCUGCUACGCCAGGCCAAAGGAUACAGGAUUUUCGCGGUACUAGCACGUAGUAUACUAUUGCAGCCGAAUCAAAAUGAUGUACAAACCACCUUCGCUAAACAACUUCUAAAGGCAUGGGACACCGCAGAGGUUGGAACCAUAAUUCUCGUGUAUGUAGAGAAUAUGGAACAACUCAAGAUAGUGACCAAUGUGGCUCAAAGUGUACUCCCACAGGAGGAUCUGUCCAAGAUAGAAAAGGACUUUUACAAGGAUCAUUCCGAAGUUUUCAACGCCAUAAAGAAGGCUGUUGAAGCCAUAGAGGCUAGAUUAUUACACACUUCAAAGGGGUACAUUUACCUGGCAUUGUUUUUAGCCGUAGGUGUUGGAGCUUACCUCUCGCACGGCAAACUUAAAAAGUGCUAGAGUGCUCCCG